CAAUUUGUGGAAAGACUCUUCAACCUGCUAGAUACUAUUUAAGAAGGGAGAUUCCAAUGAUUGAAGCCAAAUAGAUCAAAGAGAAGGAAUAAGAAGAUCAGUAGAAAUGGCUGAUGAGGCAGCAGAUGUAAGCGGUUGCAGGAACAACAGAUGGUCACUUCAUGGCAUGACUGCUCUUGUUACUGGUGGAACCAAAGGAAUUGGCUACGCUAUCGUAGAGGAAUUAGCUGGACUGGGUGCAAGAAUCCACACAUGCUCGCGGACUGAAACUGACCUCAACAGAUGCUUACUUGACUGGGAAGCAAAGGGUUUUCAGGUAACUGGUUCUGUCUGUGAUGUAUCAUCUCAGGCCCAAAGAGAGAAGCUAAUGAACACUGUCUCCUCUAAAUUUGAUGGAAAACUCAACAUCCUGAUUAACAAUGUGGGGACAUUUAUUUCGAAGCCGACUCCAGAGUUCACAACAGAAGAUUUCUCAUUUAUCAUGGGGACGAAUUUCGAGUCUGCUUACAACUUUUGCCAACUUGCAUAUCCUCUUUUGAAAGCUUCAGGGAGAGGAAGCAUUGUUUUUCUGUCUUCAGUUAGUGGUGUGGUAACAGUAAGUGUUGGAUCUAUAUAUGGAGCAACAAAAGGAGCCAUAAACCAACUUGCAAAAUACUUGGCUUGUGAGUGGGCAAAGGACAAUAUAAGGGUCAAUUCUGUUGCACCAUGGUUCAUCCGAACUCCCCUUGUUGAAUCUAUCAUUGAAAAUUUCUCGGAAGCCAUCAUCUCUCGAACUCCGAUGGGUCGAAUCGGAGAGCCAGACGAAGUGUCAUCCUUGGUGGGGUUCCUGUGCCUACCAGCCGCUUCCUAUAUGACAGGGCAGACUAUUUGCAUUGAUGGUGGGAUGACAGUGAAUGGCUUCUUCUACCCUGAAACCCUUACUGGAUAAGAGCACCUAGGCCAAUGCAAUAGACACCUCAACUACAUGAUCAGCUUUCUAGUGUUGGAACAUUUUCAAAAUAAUGUCACAUAACUUGUGUGUGAUGAUAAGAUCUUAUGUCUUAUUUCCUGAGACUUGUGUUGGGAUAAUUGUGUCUGCACAGACAGGCAUAUGAACAACUAUGUAAUAUCUAUUUGAAUAAUUAUGUCUUUAUAAAAAUGCAUCUAUUUGAUUA